AUGCCGCGACGUUCCGACGUCUUCGGCUUCUGCCUUCUGACCGUCGUUUUUGCUCAGCCCCAGUCCACUCAGAACUACGUCUCCGUCAGCACUUCGUACGGCGUUGUCCAGGGCAAAACUGUCGACCUCGGUAGGACGUUUUUUAUUUUCCUUUUUUACUGUUUUUAGUAAAUUUGUGAACUGAUAGAAAGUUUUUGUGAGUACUUACUUAUAAAACGUAUCUAUACGAAGAGGUUAAAGUUCCCCAGAAUCGGCAAAUUUAUUUCCUUCACUGCUGGGUUGAGGUAAUAUGAAAUAAUGAUAUCAACAAGAAUGAUCUGCACCUGUAUAAAACUGUAUCUGAAGUGUUCCACUCCAGAGAAAGCGAUACGUGGAGUAUGCCGUUUUACUUUUGAUUGAUCUAAUAAAUUCUUUUUAACUUCCAUACAAAAACAGUUUGAUUGAUAUCCUGGUCAAAGUACAUUACGCUUUGAUGAAAUUAAUCCCUAUUUUCAAACCAGAAUUAGUUUAGAAGCAAAAGUAGCGCCCAAAAUGACGAAUCACUUCAAACGCCUGGCUUUUAUUUAUUUUAUUUUUAUCACUUUUCAAAUUUAAAUAAGAGUAUAAUUUUAGUUUGAAGAAAUGGUACCCCUGUCUGCGGUAGUUUUUUUUUCCGCGUUAUUUCGGUGCAUGCGAUGCCAACAUAUUUGUGUAAAGUGCAUUUAUUAUUACGAGUCAUUUGUUUGCCUUCGUAGCCUGACUGUUUGCGGCUUGCGGCUGUUGAUCAGCUUCAUUUACAGGAAACGAUCCAAACCAAUUGUACAACGGCCAAGCGAACGUCUUCCUUGGAAUUCCAUAUGCACAAGCUCCCGUUGGCGCGCAGCGGUUUCAAGUAAACUUUCCUUUUUAUUUUCACGGAACUCUUUCAUAAUUCAGUUUCGUUCGUCAACAAUAAUAAUCGUAGGAUAAACAGUCAGCUCAAAUUUUGUUCAGAAUCUAUCCUGGACGGAAUUAUGUUAAGUUUUUUCUACCAACAUUCAAAAUCAAGCAAUUUAUUGAGCAGUUUUGAUGUUUUUUUUCAAUAAGUUUCAAUUAAAAAAUUUUUUCUAUAGUCUGUGUACCACGACUUGGAAUUUCACCGAACGACAUUCCGCUGUGCCGCUGCGCGCCUUUGUGAACCUCGGUCGCGCUUUUAAUUUUUUUUUUCUUUUAUUAAGGUACUCUACUUUCAUGUGCUCCCACAGCGAUGACAAUCAUUUGAAAGCGUGACCUAGAUUCGAAAGACGCUUCGCGAACGCACGCAGCAGAACAGCGGAAUGUCGUUCGAUGAAAUAUCAAGUCGUGGCACGCAAACUAUAUCUCCUGAAAUUUUUUUAAUAAGUUUAAAACUUCUGCAAAGUUAUACAUAAAAAGUUUAUUAAGAAUCUGAAGAAUUUCAUUUAAAUUUUAUCGAAGUUUUUGAGUGAAAAGCGUGAUCUUAAUGAAAUAAAGUCGAUGUUUUCCUUGACAAUAUUUUGUUGAGGCGCCGCAAGAGCCGCGGAACUUCAAUCAAGUCUACGACGCGACGUAUUACCGACCGAAAUGUCCUCAGGCCGACGCCGGAUACUACGUUAAUGAAGACUGUUUGUACCUGAACGUGUUCUCCCAACAGGUGCGUGUCAACAAUUGGAACACGAAAGUUCCUUUUCUUCCUUGAUCUCUAAACACUGCGAAACAAGUAAACAUGUCAAAAACAGCAAACAGUUGAGUAUUUCGAGCUUUUCCAGGUGGGAAACCAGUCGGCUUCGAUGGCCGUGAUGGUGUUGAUCGACGGCGGCAACGGGUUCAACGCUGGUGGCCAGGACGACACUCAGCUCAAGGGCACCGUUUCGAACCUUGCUCAACGAGGCAUCGUUGUUGUUAGCAUCCAGUACCGCCUAGGGGCUUUGGGUUCGUUUUCCACCUUUUGGAGGAAUGAGUCCUCAGAAAAUUUGGAAAUUGAGCUUUUCUAAGAAAACUAAGUUACGGAAAAAAUAAAAUAGCUGUUGUAGUUCACUAAUCGUUGGCUUCCAAAUUUAUUUGGUGAGAUUUACCAGGAAAUGGUCUCCGGUCGCAGUGGGACUUCGGAAUGGACCAGCUCUCCUAGAUGUAUUUUUUCACACUUAUUCCAAAUCUGGUCUCAAAAAAACGCCGGUGAUCUGUGAACAAAUUUUUUUGGAAACAAUCGAUUGAUUUUCUAAUAUCAUAAGGACAAUAUCUAUAUACCCUCGGAAAAUGAGCUUAAUCGGAACAUUUGAAAUUUUCGACUUUCGAGAGUUCCUAAAUAUUUAGUUAACUGAAGCGAGUUUUCCAACUUUUCUAACUUGACGUAAGCAACCCGAAAAAUUCCAAUUACGCAGUUAAUAAACUCAAAAAAGGGACGUCUAGGCUUCUUCACGACAUACACGGAUCAGAUCCGACCGAAUCUUGGCAUGCUGGAUCAGGUGCAGGCUCUCAGAUGGGUCAGUACCCAGAUCAGCAACUUUGGCGGCGAUCCGAACCGUGUGACGGUUCUCGGCCAAGGCGACGGCGCCUGUGCCGUCUCCGCCCACACCUUGAGUCCGAUGAGCCAGAGUAAGGCUCAUUCGCACUGAGAUAAUCUCGAAGGGAAACUUGCAGACUUGUUCCAACAAGCCAUCAUUCAAAGCGGUUCCAUCUACAAUUGUUUCAACAACAACCCUGCCGUGCCGGCUCAGAACCCUCAGCAGAUGACGUUCCAGAACAGUCAGGGUUUUCAACAGGUUUAUAGUCUCAUCCUUUUCCUAACUCUGAUUAGACUCAGCAGUCGCAGCAACAACAGCAGUCCAACUAUCAGAACAGCCAAUUGAAUGUAGCCAGUCAACAGGUUUAUGAAUUUCUGCUUGGAAAAAAAGUUUCUCUUCGGUGAAAACUGUAGUUUGUCGCAACAAAAAGAGAAAAAAAGUGAAAAAAAAAACUCAAUAGUUCAUAAAUAUUUUGCCAUCACUCUCUCGAAGAACUGCUAACUAAUGCUAUCUCAAAUGAAAUAAAGGCUCAGGUGGAGAAAAGGUUGAGUUGAGGAUAAUUUAGAAAGUUUUAUUCUGUUUUUACAGCCCUAUUUUGAGUCCUCUGUUUGAGAUUUCAUUAAAUAAGUUUGAAACUUUUUUUAUAAAAAUAUUCGUAUGUUUUUAAAAAAAUUAAUUUUCAAGUUUUUUUAAUCUAGUUAUUUCAUUUUUUUCAAUUGAUAAUCCUCUUUAUUAAUCCUCAUUCCGAAAAAGGCACAAUUUUUUUCCUUCCUACAUGAAACAAAUUCUGUCUAGCAGCAGCCGCAGCAACUCAACUACGACCCAGGGAUGGCCUACGUGCCUCUGGGUCAACAGCAGACGACGUCGUUCCCUCCGCUCACGUCUCCAGACAGCAGCUACAACGCUCCUUCCGUCGUUUACGAUGACCCCAAUCAACAGCUGGCCGCUCAGGUUUUAGAAAGCUCUUCUGGAGAUUCUGAAAACGAAAGUCAAGCUCUGCAACGUUUCCUCGCAACAAUGGGACAAUGGUCAGCUGGGCAACCUCAACAACUGUCUCAACAACUUCACCGUCGACGUCUUCGUCCAACAAGCAAACGUGAUUUUCACUCAUUCGAGAAAACGAAAACUUGGGGAUGUCGCAGCACUCUAUACGGUGUCAGCUUCUCAAAGGACGAUGACUGAGAGUAGAACUUCUUUGUGACUAGUUUUCUUUUUGUCUUCCUCGUGUUCAAAAGUGCAGACGUUUGAAAUGCCCCAAGAAACACGGGAAAGGUAUUAUCGCCUUGAACUUUUCCGAUAUUAGUCUGUGCCACCCACAUGAUUUCAAGCAAGCUCAUUAAUUUUUUUUUUCAGACAAGCCUGUAGUUUUUCCUGAUAAUCAUCCCUAGUAACUGUUCAUUUUAAUUGAAAAAAAUGUAAAAAAAGGUUUUGCAGGGCAGAACGGCGACGUGGAUGAUUGUGAGGGACAACGACUUCCUGCCUGACAGUCUCGAGAAUUUGGCCGCACGUCGUCCGCCGAUUCCCAUCAUCAUCGGCACGGUUCAAGACGAGGACGCCGACUACGGUGAGUUCCAGAAGGAUUCUGACAUUUUGUAAUUUUUUUCAAAUCAUGAAAUAUUAGGAAUCUUUAAACCUUUUUGUAUACAUUAGUGACGAGCUUAAAAAAAUAUGGUAGGCUUGUAAGAAACACAAAGUUCAAAGUUUGAAGUUCCUUGAAGGCUUUUUAGUUCUCCUGAGAAAUUCUCAGAAUGUUACCUGACAUCCUGUCAAGAAUAGAGCUUUCAAGCGAAUUUUUUUUUUCAAAGUUUUCGAUUCUGCCAUUAGAAAGCCUUUUCAGCCUUCAAAAUGAUUGCAAAUGGCAACGGGGCGACGUCGUCCUCAGACGCUUUUAACACCUGGUUGGUCGACUUCGCGCGGAAGAACAAACUCAACUCCACGGCGACCAAUCAAGUUGCUGACGUCAUCUCUCGGAACUACGACAUCGGGUUAUUUUUGAAUUAUGUUUUAGAAGGAUUUUUACUUGUAAAAAUUCCAUGCAAGUGUAAAUCUAAAUCUAAUGAGCGAACUUUCAGAAAUUCUUAACCGCAAAGUUAAACUUCAUUAUUUCCUGAUCAAACUAAGUUUAAAAAAAGGUGUGAAUGUUUUUUUUUUCAGUUGUAUUGGAAUAUCUUGCUUUGAGCCCUGUCAUUGAUAAAAGUGUCUGCUCGCAAGGAAUUAUUUAUUAAAUUCCACUCGAAGCUUCAGAUUUUUUUUUUCGAACAUUUGACCAGAACUCUCUGAUCAUCGAAACUAAGUUCAACAAAAUAGUAAAAUUUUCACUCUUUUUUUGAACUAUGACCUGGAAUUUUCAUCAAAACGUUUAUAUUUUUUUCUAGAAAUCCAAACAAUGGAGCGAAUUCGUACAACAACCAAGCGCAGUACCAGCCAACGCAACAAUAUACGAAUAAUUACGCGAAUGGAGCCAACUAUAACAACCACUACAAUGGAAGUCCUAGUCAAAUCGCCCAAACCAGCCAAACGAACUACGCCACGCAAAGUCAGUACUCGGUCCAGACGGGGCAGAUGAACAACUACAACCAGGAUCAAGGACAGUACGGACAGGCCAACUUCAACGGCCAGAAUCAGUAUCCGCCGGUGCAAAACGGACAGAUCAACAACAACCAAAACCAAGGACAGUAUAAUCAAAAUCAAUAUUCGUCGGUGCAAAACGGACAGAUCAACAACUACAAUCAGAACCAGUACCAGCCUGUAGGAAGCUAUAACUAUUUGCAGUACGGCGGUCAGUUCGGCAACGCCAACGCCGCCAGAAACUACUACGAUCCUCAGGUGAGAAAGUUUCGUGUUUCAUUCGGGCCAAUGUUUGAAUUUGAAGCCUUUGGCGACGACGACGUCGGCAGCGGCAGUGGCGGUGCGUCAGAAAGGAAUCUUUUUCAUUUUAUGACCGCGAAUUUUUCAGUCGAACGGCGCUGGCGGGGCCGUCACAAACCUCCAAUCGCUUCAAACGAUCACACAGGUGAGAAACUUUUUUUUUCAAAUUUAUUGAUGUUCGUCGAAAAAGGCAGAGAAUACGGUAGUGCUGAGAUUAACCAGAAUUAUUGGUGUAAUCCGAAGUUGCUAAAAUGAUAUCGUAUUUGCUCAACAUUGAACUGAACUCGCUGAACAAAUUCUCAAAUAAGAAUUAAUAAGAAAAAUCUUGAAAUUUUUCUCGAUUUUUUUCUCUGUGUUAGUCGUCUGCGGUUCCAUCUACGACACCGUUUAAAAAAUAAAUCUUUUUUUCUCGAGUCUAUUUCGAAUCUGCAGGUCAGUUCUCAAAUUAUUCAUGAUAUGUCAUAGUUUAAUCGCUCUACUGCAUUCCGAGUUUUGAAGAGAGCUAAAAAUGGAUUUAUUUUCUUACAUUUACAAAGAAUCGAUAAUUUUUCUUUCGACAAAAAACCUGGCAGUCUUGUUUUUCGCCUCGACGUCUAUUUCAGAUAGCUACUGACUCUUCAGUCAGCCUGACCACGACCGAAAUCGACGAUUUCAUGCAAAACGGGGACCGACACGUCCGCAUUUACCAGUUCACUCACGUUUCCUCGGUUGGAAGGAAUUCAGUUCCAAACACUGGAAACUGGCAACGUAGGACCUUUCCAUCAAAUCAAAUCAUUUAUUUUGUUGUUUUUGUCUGAUGUAAUCGACUAGGCGGUGAACAAAAACUUUAAAAGCUAUAACGAACAAUUAUUAUCUCAUUUCUACCACCCGAGUGGUCGGUCUUCAUUUCCGCUCUCGUCCGAGAUUCAAUCCGACGCCCGUCAGCCCUGGACAAGCUGGGCGCCGUACUGUUCCUACAUGGAGAAGCAGUGAUCGUCGGACACGUUCUAAAAUCGCCUACUACUAGCACAAGAGAGGCGAGAUGCUCUACGCGCCGUCUACGCUUGAUCAACGACAUUAUCGCGAACCGACAAACAACUCUUCAAUUAUUCCAUGAUUCAGCAGAGAACCUCCUCUGAAGACUAAAUAAAAGUUUCAAAAGUAUAACGAACAACCGCCUUUGGCGAACUAGAAGUCCAAACGUGUAGUCGAAAGAGUUGAAAACAUGGUCUUACGGUCCUGUUGCUUCGAUUCAACUUUUCUCUGAAAAAUAGUUUUGAUCUAAUCGGUUGAAUUUUUUAGUUAGACAAAAAAAACGUAAAUAGACAGAAAAAAUAAAUAAGAACAAAAAUAAUUUAAAAAAAAACGGUUUACAUGCACCCAAAAAUAGUUGACACCGUAUGCCCCCUGCUCUAAAUGGUUUUUUUUGAAGCUUCGAUUCAACUUUUUAGAAAGUUCGAAGUUGAUUGAAUCUGUCUGAAAAAAGUUAUGACCGAAAGUUUGUAUCUUUAUGAUAGGUACAGUAUGAACAUAUGCCGGAUUUACUUUAUCCAUUUACAGAUGCCUCUAUGUUUUUUUAGCUUGUUAAGUAUAGCCUCUCUACCACGACUUGGAAUUUCACCCAACGACAUUCCGCUGUGCCGCUGCGCGCCUUUGCGAACCUCGGUCGCGCUUUUAAUUUUUUUUUUCUUCUAUCAAGGAACUCUCCUUUCGUGUGCUCCCACAGCAAUAACAAUCAUUUGAAAGCGUGGCAUAGAUUCGAAAGACGCUUCGCGAACGCACGCAGCGGAACAGCGGAAUGUCGUUCGAUGAAAUAUCAAGUCGUGGCACACAGACUAUAACAUCGAAUCAUUAAAUUAAAAACGAAACGAAAAAAUAAAAUAUGUAAUCUUUUUUAAUAUGACAAUUUUACAAUUCUGCCCCUACGUCUAAAAAUAUCAAAUAAGUGUGAAGUUUCUUCUAAUCAGACCAUUAUCUUCCAAACUUUGUCGAUCUCUGAAGUCAAAGUCGAAUUGCAGCGGUGUUCAAAGGACAGGACAUGUUCUUCCUGACCAUGUCGGAGACUGUCUGGUCCAACUCGACGUACACGGCCGCCGAUCGUCAGGUUGCUGACGAUAUGGGCCGUCGAUGGUCCGAUUUUGUCAAGACUGGGUAUGGCUAUUUUUCGAAAUAAAAUUUCCUUUUUCAUCUCAAGAAUUGAUAGGGCUUUCACAAACUCAAUAUAAGUUUUAAUAAAAAAAAGAUUUAACCUUUUCAAAAUUUUUCUUGGAUUAUUGUGAUUUAUAAACUUGGGGAUUUAAAGACAAGUCAACAAUUGGAGUCCGUCGACCCCACAAAACUACGCCUACUGCAAUUUGAACCAGCAGCCGACGGUUCAAACCAACUACGGACAACAAGCUCGAAGAGUAUUCGAACAGCAAGUCAAUCCGAUUGUCACACAGGUCUGCAAACUUUCUUCGAACAAAAAUGAUUUCAGUCUCAGGCUCAACAACAACAACAGCAAUUGCAACAAAACCAGGUUCAAAGAACGCCGACGCAAGUCCAGUACAACAACAACGGGCAGAACUCGCAAGACUUUCACAUUUCUUUCACUAUUCAAAACCCCUUGCCACACUACGGUUGA